CGCCUGCAAGAGUUCAUGAACCACAUCAGAAAACUACUUCCUCCAGGCCUGUGACGUCACGUCCGCCGCUCGCACGCUCGGUAAUAGCACCCGGUGUAUGACCCGGGUCUGGCUUCGGAGAGGGAUGAGCGGCCGGCAGUGCGCAGGCGCAGAUCGGUUCCAGUAUCUGCAGACACUGGUCACGGAGUUCCAGGACACCGAUAGUGCGGAAGCCAAAGAACAGGUCCUGGCAAAUCUCGCUAACUUUUCCUAUGACCCCAAGAACUUCUCUGACCUCCGGCAGUUGCAGGUUAUAGAUUUGUUUUUGGACAUGUUGACUGAAGACAACGAAGCUCUGGUGGAGUUUGGAAUAGGAGGGCUCUGUAAUUUGUGUUUGGAUAAAGCCAACAAGAGUCACAUAUUGUCUUCUGGUGGCAUAAGUCUGGUCAUUAAUUGUCUAUCCAGCCGAAAUGAAGAGACUGUCCUGUCGGCUGUUACCACACUCAUGUACUUGAGUACAGCUGCUUCCCGUACUGAAAUCACCACUCCUCCAGUUGUCGAAUGUAUGCUCCGGUUCUCUCUCUCUACCAACCGCAGACUUAGUAACCUGGCCAAUAUCUUUCUUGAAGAUUACUGCACUGAACAGCAAGUACAGGAAGCAAGGACUCUAAGCCAGUACACAGCAUUGGGGAUACCACUCCCCACAGACUCCUCAUAGUGCUGGUUUCUUCUAUGGACUAUUUACCCUGUGGUGAUUUACUAAAAGGUCUCUAUUGCCCUUUGUAUAAAUAUGGUAGGCUAAUGCCAGAUGAAGUGGACUUCCCAGUAUAUGCUGUUUUAUUCACCUGCUGUACAUGCAUCGUUCUGCCAUACUCAUGUGCUUAUAAAUCAGAUUUAAUUACAAAGUCA